AUGCAGCUAUUAUGCGCUCUUCCACCGAUUUUGCCGUAUCCACAAGACGAGAUCAACGUUGAGAUUAUCACAGGCACCGUCGAAGUUCAAGACGAAGUCAUACCCGAGGAUGACGAUGACGACCUUACUUACCAAACGAGAGGCAAAUCUGUUCUCCGAGCAGUCUUUAAGAUAGGUGAUGGCAAAUUUGAAGGCGAUCGCACUGCUAUCCGAAAGUACUCUGCCGGGAAGAGUGCAGGCAAAAACUACAGCCGUGCAGCAGGUAAAGGCAAUGAGGUUAACACCGAACAGAAAGGAAAGGGGAAAGCGAUCCAAGAUUCUUCUGACAUCGUAUACGAGGAGCCCGAACAAGAGUUCAUGGAUAUGCUAUAG